AUGGCAAGAUCAGAUAAUUUUUGUAUUCCAGAAUAAAGAAUUAUAAGUUAUAGUUAAUACUUUUAAUCUUAAACUUUUAGCGAUUAUAUUCCUUUUUCAUUCAUUGAAGAUAUUUCAUAUCCAAGAACCCCUUCAUCGUUGAAUAUAGAUUGUUGCUCAACUACUUAUGUUGGAGGUUUACUUCAUAAUGAGGGAAUGAGUUUUGAUACUGGUUAUGUUCAACACUUAAAAUUUAUCAGAUUAAGAGUAACAUUUUUUAUAAAGAACUUUUUGACUGAUAGUAAAAUUUAAAUACUAUUUCAUAACUAAAUAUAAGGUGAAAUAAUAAAAACUGAUACUAAUUAUUAUUAUUAUGGAGUUAAAUUAAUUUAUAAUUCAAGUACAGAUUGUUCUACAUAUGAUUUAAUCAGAAUAGAAGCUAUCCUUCGAAUGUAUUCAGUUUUUCCAAAACUUACUUUUCAAGGAGUAAACCCAGCUCCAGUAUCAUAAGUAUGGGGAUUCAGAAAUUUAACAAUUGAUUAUGGAUAUUGUUAAAUGAAUUUUUUAGUAUGUGAUGGGUUUUCAACUUGUGCUUUAUGUGAUGGAGGAUAUAAAUUAUUUUAAAAAAGAUGUGUUGAUGUUUGUCCAAUACAUUCUACUAAUUGUAUUGAUUAUGCCGAUAUUAUACCAAGUAUUUUCAUUAAAUUUAUUAGAUUCUCGUUAUUUAGCAAAAGGAUUUUAUAAUUUAAAUAUGACUACUACAGAAAUAAGCAAAUUUUAUGAUACAACAAUUGAAACAGGUGGUAAUUUCUUAACAGGUCAGAAAUUUUCAAUAUUUCCAUCUAAAUUUGUGUUGGGAGGUGUAAUGGUAUGGAAUAAUGCAAUAUAUAAAAAAUAAUGGAUUAUAUCAAAACCUCAUUACGCUGUAACAAUAAGAUUUAAUGUUACUUAUGGAGAUUUAUAUACUGGAAAUUUUUAUUAUACUAUUGAAGGAGUUAAAUCAACAGCUUACCCAAAACCAACAUCAGGAGGUUACAAUAUAAUUGGUAAAAUUUCAGAAGAAAGGACAUUAUAUUUUGAAAUAUUUUAGAAUCCUUUCAAAUAAUCAACAUUAUAUAUAGAGUUAUAAUGUACAGAUACAACUUCAGAUCCAAGAGAUGAAUUUUGUGCAAUAUCUGAAUACUUUAUUGUAGUACAUUAUGUAAAUAAUUAAUAUAAAAUUAUAGUGUUAACCAUUUUGUUAAGAUUGUAAUGAUGGGAACUCGUGUGUUACUUGGGAAUCUGGACACACAAGUUCAACUUGUUUAACAAACUAAUUUUUAUAAUUUAACCCUGUAUCAGAAUCUUAUAGUUGUAUCACAUGUAACUAACCAGGAUGUUUAGCAUGCAAAAAUAUGGAUGAAUGCACUUAAUGUGAUACAUCAAGUUAUUAUAAUAAUUUAGAAAAUGGAUGGUGUAUAUCAAUUAAUCCAUCUGUACCUCGACCUCCAAUUCAAACUACUCCUCCUAUUAUUAUUAUAUGUAAUAAAUAUUGUGAAACAUGCACAGGAUCUUUAUAAACUAAUUGUUAAUCUUGCGUAAUUGAAUUUCAUAGAUAUUUAUAUAACAAUGAAUGUAUAUGUUAACCUGGUUUCUAUGAUGAUGGAAUUAAUAUCCUAUGUUUACCUGUAUGUGGUGAUUUAAUAAUAGUUGAAGGAGAAGAGUGUGAUGAUGGUAAUCAUAAUCCUUAUGAUGGAUGUAAUAAUUGUAAAUUUGAUUGUGAUGAAAUUUGUAAUGAUUGCUUUUAAGGAUUUUGUUUUAAUUGCAAAAAAGGUUUUCAAUUAGUAGAUAAUAAUAAAUGUAUUUCCAUUUGUGGUGAUAAUCUAUUAGUAAAAACAGAAGAAUGUGAAGAUAAUAAUUAGAUUCCUAAUGAUGGAUGUUAUAAUUGUAAAUUUUAAUGUCCAAAUAAUUGUAUUGAUUGUUAAUUUAAUUAAUGUAUUAAAUGUGAUGAAUAAAAUGGAUGGUAUCUUAAGAAUAACACUUGUUAAACUAUUUGUGGAAAUACUUUAAAUAUCUAUUUGAAUACAAAUAAUAUUGGUUAUGAUUUAUUAGAUCAAUAUUGCUUUUAAUAUCUCUACAUAUGUCAAGAUACUUGUUCUACUUGCUAUAAUGGGAAAUGUUAUUAAUGUAAUGAAGGAUGGAUUUUAAAUAUUAUUGAUAGAAUUUGUUAUCCAAUUAAUGGGGAUAAAUUGAUAGUAGGUAAUGAAUAAUGUGAUGAUGGAAACUAAAUAGUAAAUGAUGGAUGUUUUUAAUCUUAAUUUUAAUGUCAACUUUAAUGUGAACUAUGUUUAUAUGGAUAAUGUUAGAAGUGUAAAUCUGGAUUUAUUAUUAUUAAUAACAUUUGCUAAGAAAAUAAUUUAGAUAAUUAAGUAGUGGGUUAAGAAUAAUGUAAUGAUUAAAAUUUAAUUGGAUUAGAUGGGUGUUUCUAAAAUAGAUUUGAUUGUCCUUAAUUUUGUUUAAUUUGUGUUAUGGGAUAAUGUUUAGAAUGCAAUAUUACUUCAGGAUAUGGAUAUAUUGAUAAAUUAAAUAAUAAAUGCUUGUCUAUUUGUGGAGAUGGUAUAAAAUCAAUGGAAGAGGAUUGUGACGAUAGAAAUGAGAUUCCUAAUGAUGGAUGUUUUUAGUGUCAUUACUAUUGUGAUUAAAAUUGUUUUGAUUGUAGAAUGGGUAUUUGUUACUCAUGCUAUUUUGGAUAUUAUUUAAAUUAAGAACAUAAUUCUUGCUAUAGCAUUUGUGGUGAUGGAAUUAUAGCUUCAAAUGAGUAAUGUGAUGAUUUAUAAAUUAUAGCUGAUCAGGAAUGUUUAAAUUGUUAAUUAAAGUGUUAAAAAGAAUGUGUAAGUUGUUAUGAAGGUNUAAAAUUUCAGAAGAAAGGACAUUAUAUUUUGAAAUAUUUUAGAAUCCUUUCAAAUAAUCAACAUUAUAUAUAGAGUUAUAAUGUACAGAUACAACUUCAGAUCCAAGAGAUGAAUUUUGUGCAAUAUCUGAAUACUUUAUUGUAGUACAUUAUGUAAAUAAUUAAUAUAAAAUUAUAGUGUUAACCAUUUUGUUAAGAUUGUAAUGAUGGGAACUCGUGUGUUACUUGGGAAUCUGGACACACAAGUUCAACUUGUUUAACAAACUAAUUUUUAUAAUUUAACCCUGUAUCAGAAUCUUAUAGUUGUAUCACAUGUAACUAACCAGGAUGUUUAGCAUGCAAAAAUAUGGAUGAAUGCACUUAAUGUGAUACAUCAAGUUAUUAUAAUAAUUUAGAAAAUGGAUGGUGUAUAUCAAUUAAUCCAUCUGUACCUCGACCUCCAAUUCAAACUACUCCUCCUAUUAUUAUUAUAUGUAAUAAAUAUUGUGAAACAUGCACAGGAUCUUUAUAAACUAAUUGUUAAUCUUGCGUAAUUGAAUUUCAUAGAUAUUUAUAUAACAAUGAAUGUAUAUGUUAACCUGGUUUCUAUGAUGAUGGAAUUAAUAUCCUAUGUUUACCUGUAUGUGGUGAUUUAAUAAUAGUUGAAGGAGAAGAGUGUGAUGAUGGUAAUCAUAAUCCUUAUGAUGGAUGUAAUAAUUGUAAAUUUGAUUGUGAUGAAAUUUGUAAUGAUUGCUUUUAAGGAUUUUGUUUUAAUUGCAAAAAAGGUUUUCAAUUAGUAGAUAAUAAUAAAUGUAUUUCCAUUUGUGGUGAUAAUCUAUUAGUAAAAACAGAAGAAUGUGAAGAUAAUAAUUAGAUUCCUAAUGAUGGAUGUUAUAAUUGUAAAUUUUAAUGUCCAAAUAAUUGUAUUGAUUGUUAAUUUAAUUAAUGUAUUAAAUGUGAUGAAUAAAAUGGAUGGUAUCUUAAGAAUAACACUUGUUAAACUAUUUGUGGAAAUACUUUAAAUAUCUAUUUGAAUACAAAUAAUAUUGGUUAUGAUUUAUUAGAUCAAUAUUGCUUUUAAUAUCUCUACAUAUGUCAAGAUACUUGUUCUACUUGCUAUAAUGGGAAAUGUUAUUAAUGUAAUGAAGGAUGGAUUUUAAAUAUUAUUGAUAGAAUUUGUUAUCCAAUUAAUGGGGAUAAAUUGAUAGUAGGUAAUGAAUAAUGUGAUGAUGGAAACUAAAUAGUAAAUGAUGGAUGUUUUUAAUCUUAAUUUUAAUGUCAACUUUAAUGUGAACUAUGUUUAUAUGGAUAAUGUUAGAAGUGUAAAUCUGGAUUUAUUAUUAUUAAUAACAUUUGCUAAGAAAAUAAUUUAGAUAAUUAAGUAGUGGGUUAAGAAUAAUGUAAUGAUUAAAAUUUAAUUGGAUUAGAUGGGUGUUUCUAAAAUAGAUUUGAUUGUCCUUAAUUUUGUUUAAUUUGUGUUAUGGGAUAAUGUUUAGAAUGCAAUAUUACUUCAGGAUAUGGAUAUAUUGAUAAAUUAAAUAAUAAAUGCUUGUCUAUUUGUGGAGAUGGUAUAAAAUCAAUGGAAGAGGAUUGUGACGAUAGAAAUGAGAUUCCUAAUGAUGGAUGUUUUUAGUGUCAUUACUAUUGUGAUUAAAAUUGUUUUGAUUGUAGAAUGGGUAUUUGUUACUCAUGCUAUUUUGGAUAUUAUUUAAAUUAAGAACAUAAUUCUUGCUAUAGCAUUUGUGGUGAUGGAAUUAUAGCUUCAAAUGAGUAAUGUGAUGAUUUAUAAAUUAUAGCUGAUCAGGAAUGUUUAAAUUGUUAAUUAAAGUGUUAAAAAGAAUGUGUAAGUUGUUAUGAAGGUAAAUGUUACGCUUGCGAAGGAAUAGGAUGGGAGAUUGAUUUAGUAUCAACAGUUUGUAGAUCAAAUUGUGGAGAUGGAAUAAUAGUUGGAAAAGAGUAAUGUGAGGAUGGAAAUGAAAUAGAUUAAGAUGGUUGUUAUUAAUGCGAAUUUUAAUGUUAAUAAUAAUGUACUAAAUGUUUAUUAGGAGAUUGCUUAGAAUGUAAUUCUAAAGGUUGGUAUUUAUAUGAGAAUUAUUGUAUAUCUGAAUGUGGAGAUCAAAUUGUAGUAAAAAAUGAAUAAUGUGAUGAUGGAAAUGAUAUUCCAUAUGAUGGUUGUUAUGAAUGCUAAUUUUAAUGUUAAGUUGAAUGUACAGAUUGUAAAUUUGGAAUAUGUUAUGAAUGUGGAUUGUAAGGUUGGCAUUUAAUUAAUAAUCGUUGUAAUUCAAUUUGUGGUGAUAGAUUUGUUGUUCAAGAUUUAGAAUAAUGUGAUGAUGGUAAUUUGAUAUAGUAUGAUGGUUGUUAUGAAUGUAAAUUUUAAUGUUAAGAAGUGUGUACACUUUGUAAACAAGGUAUAUGUUAUGAAUGUGAUGUAUUUGGUUGGAUAUUAGAUAAUCAUAUUUGUAAACCAUUUUGUGGGGAUGGAAUCAUAAUUGAUCAUGAAUAAUGUGAUGAUAUGAAUGAUAAUUAAAACGAUGGGUGUCAUAAUUGUUUAUUUUUAUGCGAUUAAUAUUGUAUAGAUUGUUAUUAAGGAUAAAUCUGUUAAAAAUGUGAAAUAGGAAGAUAACUUUAUUAUAAUGCUUGUAUAGCUUAAUGUGGGGAUGGUUAUUAUGUUAAAUCAGUAGAGGAUUGUGAUGAUGGGAAUCAUGUAAAUGGAGAUGGAUGUAAUAUAUAUUGCUAAAUUGAAACUGAUUAUUAAUGUUAAAAUAAAGAAGGUAGUUAUUCUUUAUGUGUUUACUAAAAAUUGCCAUAAUUUGAGAUUAAAUUACUCCCAAUUUAAGCUACUGAUAUUUAAGAUAUAUAAGUAAAAUUUGAUUAAAAAAUGAAGUAUUUAGGUAAUUCUGAAGAAUAAUUAUAUACUUUAAUUAAUUCAACUCUUUUAGAUAUGUAAGAUUCUGAUUAUAAGAUAAUACAAUAAUUGUAAUAUAAUGAAUAAGAAUCUGAAAUAACAAUUAAGUUUAAAGUUUAUAUAUAUGUUCCUGUUGAUAGACCAAUUUUGAAAAUAUAAUUUUUAAAUGAAUCAUUUGUUUCUGAAUAAAAUCUGCCACUUUUAUAAUCAAUGAAAAUUAUUCCAUUACUUACACCUACAAUAUUAAGUUAAACUUAAGUAACUGUAGCUUAAAAUACUGCUACUUUUAAUGAAGCAGUCAUAUAUUUUUAAAUCAGUUUAUCUUCACUUUGUUUAAUGACUGGUUCUUCUGAACUAUUUUGGAAUUUGAUGGAUCAAUUAUAGUAUUUAUCGUAUAUUAAAUAUAUUAAUAUUCGAUUUCCUCCAAAUCUUAAUAUUUAUUUUGAUGUUUUUAAAAUGAUUACAAUCAAUCCCUUAAUAUAAGCAUUUGGAAUAGAUAAAUUUUUAAAUCUUAUUUAAUAAGGAGAAAAUAAUGAAAUUUCAAAUAAUGAUAAAUUUUUUAAAGAUGAUAUUAGUGUUAAUUUUCUAGACAACUUUAAUAGUUUUUUAUUUUGUUCGAUAUCUGCAUAUACAAGUUAUUUGUUUGUUAAAUAUUCACAUAUAUACUUAUAUCGAAUAAAUCCAUAAACUAUUAAGAAAAUGAACCUUACUGUUGCUGAGAUUUAUUUAUUUAUGAGAAAAAAGUUUAUGCAAUAAUCUAAAUAAUUCUAUUACAAUGUUGUCUUAAGAAUUUUCAUGUCUAGUGCAUAUGAUAUUGCUUUUGCAAUGACCAUUUAGCUUGCUUAUUUUUAAAGUAAUAAUUUAAGUUAAUUAAUAACUUCAUAUGCUUCUUUAAUAGUUUUUUCUUCUUAUUUAGGUAUAUCAAUCUACAUAUUUAAUUUACUGUAAAAAUUUUCUAAUUCAAAUACAUUAAAGAUUAAAUAAUAAUAUGAAGCUUUAUUUGAAGGAACAUAGAAUACUUAGUAUGUUUGGAUUGUAUAAUAUAAUAGUAUUUUAUUAUUAAAAAAGUUUAUUUUCAUAUGCAUAAUUGUUUUUAUGUAAACAGAAGGUAAACUUCAAACAAUGAUCAUAGCUUCAAAUUAGACUUUAUUUCUUUUAUAUUUCAUCUCAAAUAAACCUUUAAAGAAUAUUUAUGAAUAUUACAAAAUGAUAAUAACAGAGUCAAUUAUUAUUUUUAACACAAUUUCAUUUUUUUUUUAUGAUUAUUUGAAGGAUAUUGGAUUACAUCAAAAUUUUAGUAUAACUUUAGGCUGGGUUCAUAUCUUCACUUUUUCAGCUAUCCUAUCAUUCUCUUUGAUCAUCGAUGUGUUUUUAUAGUCAUAAGUCUUACUGUAAAAAUUGAAAAAGUUUUUCUGUGAUAAUAAGAAAAAAGAGACAUCUGGAACAUCAUAAACAAUAUUUGUUUGA